AUGUCCUACUACCUAUAAAAAAAUAAAAUAAUUUUUAUCCAUAUAUAUAUAUAUAUAUAUGCAGUUUCUUACCUCAGACCGAAGCUUAAACAUUCACUCCACUUUAUGAGAUUGAAUCACGCUUGAUGGUUAGAAUAAUCCUACUCUCGGACAAAUUUAGCGUCUAAACUCCGGAUUACGUCUGUUUUCGUAGGAACGGUUGUAUUGACAGUAUACCCGUUCACUCCAGAAGAUCGUAAACUAUUCCAGAAACCACCAAUUUUAUGAAGAACCUAAGCAACGAGGCAAAAAGCUGGACAUCCUGUGUGGAUAGUUAAAAAUCUGUUAUCUGCAGCCAUUUGAUUAAGGAGGCAACAUGCGAGGGAUGAGUUGUUUCAUCUUUCCAGGAGGUCAUUCUAGUAAGCCAGACUGUUAAGAAGGUAUUAUCUCUGGAACUUGGAAGACCCCCGAAGAAUUUAAGUACUAAUCUAUCCAUGGCUUCUAAGAAUGUACAAGAUGGAAGUGUAAAAAAAGGAUUAACCAGAAAGUGCUUAGUAAAGAAAAAGGCAACCCAAAAAGAAUCAUUUUAUGAACGGUUACCUAAAAGGUCAAGAAAAGAAUUUCUACAAAAGUGUGAAGCAGUGUCAAGUUCUGAAGAAGCAUCCUUUACUUUGCCAUUGCUUCCUCAUCACAGUAAUGUAUUGUCCACAAAGGCCAGAUCUGCCAUGACUGUAGAAAAUGCUUCAGAACGCGACUCAAGUGAUGAAGACAAUAAUACCUUUUCUGAGGAUGAGUUACCUCAUCUCUCCAAGUAUGAGAAGAAGAGACUGAAAAAUAUUCAAGAAAAUGCAAAAUUUUUUGCAUCUCUUAAAGUGAAAGAGACUACAGCAAGCUUGUUCACUGGUGCACCCAGGACGCUGUCUAAAUUCAGAAGAGAGAAGAAAACUAAACCUAAAAAAAAUGUGGCGAUGGCUUCUCGGAGGUCAAUGAGAUUACGGGGAUUAGGCGUUUUUCGUCAGUCAUUUAGAUUACAGAGGUUAGAUCCACAGGGAAUUCCAUUGUCAGAAUUACCUGAAAAAACAGCAAAAGCCUAUCUAUCAGGAUGUGUAACAAAGCCUGCAGGUCCAUUACAAAUGGUACCUGUAAAUGAAGAGCAAGAUGAUGCAUUCCUUAAUUUUCUAGAAGGCUGGGAAAACAUUUUUAGUAAGGUAAAAAUGUCAACAGAUAGGAAGCAGGCAAAUAGUUUAGACAGGUACAAAGCUAGUCUCAAUUGUAUGACCAUCAAAGAGGGCUAUGUCACUAAAGUAGUAAAUGGCAGAAUCCAUUCCAUAGCUAUUCAUCCUUCAGAAACACCAAUCUUAGUAGCAGCUGGUGAUGGUCAAGGAACUGUUGGUAUCUGGAAUCUGAGCAAGAAAAAUGAUCCAAGGAAUGAAAACUUUGUUCUCGAGCCCCAUGCUCAUCGAGUUUCUUGUUUACACUUUUCACCCAGCAACCCUUCUCAACUUCUGUCUGUGAGCUAUGAUGGAACCUUACGGUGUGGAGAUUUUAGCAAGGCUGUCUUUGAUGAGAUUUAUAGGAUGGAAGAUUUUUCACUUACUUCCUUCGAUUUUUUGGGGCGGGAUGGCUCCACUCUGAUAGUUAGUCAGUUUGAUGGAGGGUUUGCAGUAGUUGACAGAAGGACACCAGGUACUUCACAUGAAAUGUCUGGCACUGUAGAAAUGGGCGAACUCAAAAAUGUCCAUGUUCAUCCAGAAGAUGCACAUUACUUUGUAGGAUGUGGUGGAAGCAGUGUCAAUAUUUAUGAUGCAAGGCAGAUAAAGAAUAAAGAAUUACUGAAUCCUGUUGCCAGACUUAAUGGCCAUUCUAGAAUUGUCAGUUCUGCAUAUUUCUCUCCCAUGAAUGGUAAAAGAGUACUAACAACAUGCGUUGAUGAUAAUCUAAGGGUUUAUGAUACAAGCUGCAUCCUGCCUGAUAUUGGCCUUCUUGCUUCCAUAAGCCAUAACAACGUUGGAGAAGGCCUUACUUGUUUCAAAGCAAUCUGGGACCCUAAAAGAAAAGACUGUUUUGUAGUGGGCAGUAUAGCUCAUCCACGACAAAUUGAAGUGUUCCAUGAAACAGGAUCUUUGGUGCAUUCCUUCACAAAUGUGAAUUAUUUAACAAGCAUGUGCUUCUGUAACACUAUGCAUCCUACAAGAAACAUGUUAGCUGCUGGAAGCCACAGAGGAUUUGUAUAUGUUUUUAUGGACUGAAGUUUUUUUUUAGCUGCUAGAAACUGUAGAGGAUUUGUACAUGUUUUAUGACCAGAAGUUUUUUUAACUUAGAGUUCUGAUGAAAAAAAAAAAAAAUAUAUAUAUAUAUAUAUAUAUAUAUACAUAUAUAUAUAUAUAUUUAUAUAUAUGUGUGUGUGUGUGUGUGUGUGUGUAUGCACAUGGAUCUAUGUCAUAAUAUCAAAAACUCAGAAUGUUGAAAAACUGUUUAAUGUUGAGGAUACAAGCCCUCCUUGCCCCUUUCCCCAACCACACACACACACUCCCUGAUGAUUAUAUACCAUCUCUUGGAUCAUAGAACAGUUGGGAAAGGGCAAAUUCUCAUUUCUGAUUUUUGUGUUUUCAGUAUUUUUUUUUUUAUCGAAUGAAAUCCGUGCAUGCAUGUGUGUGUGUUUACAUAAGGUUGAUGUAAUUUAAGAAUUAUCUUACCAGUAGCUGUUUCUUGCUUGGUGUCACACUGUUUGUUUUUUUCUGAAAGUGUAACUCUUCUAUAAUGUUUGAGGCUGACCUCCACAACCACCGUUAUGUCUGGCCCAUAAAUUGUACCAGCUAACAUUGGAUCUAUUUGAUAUAAAAAAACAGACCUUUGUGGCAGCAGCUGUUCUUAAUGUGUUUAUUUUUAUUAGUGAUUUGACAUAUUAGGCAGCUUCAGAAGUAUGCAUUUUUAUAAAUAUUUUAGUGGUUGGUAUACAUCAUUAUUCAGUAUUUUAUACAAUGGCAGGGCACAGUGCUGGCUCAGUUUCAUUUAGCUUCAUGUUUGCAGAUGUACGUGGCCUGCAAACACAAUACAGAAGGUAGAGACUUAACCAGUCCUAUGUUGUCAUUUCUGGCCCUCUCAACCUGUUGAUUAUUGGAUCUGACAUCGGCACCUUCAGAAUUUUCAGUCUUGGAGAUCUGCCUCCUCUACCAUAACUCCGUACUCGAAGUGAUUCUCCACAGGUCUCAUUUGUAGCCAUAGCCAUUGGAUUAUCAAACAAUGAGCUCUUCAGCUAAGUGAAAUCUUUUUGAAACAUUUUGUCUUCUCAUUACUUUUCAGCCUCUUCUACUUCUUAAUGAUACUUAUGUGCUGUUUAGUGUAAGUUUUUAGAUUGGUUUUCUGUCUAGUGUAUUUUAUAGAGUUAGGUAUGUGUCUAGGUGUUUACUCUUUGGCAUUUUUUCCACUUCUCUUUUACUAUUCUCUUUAAAAAACGCCUUUAUCUGCUUUUUUUAUUAUUAUUCUAUUAUUUCAGACUUCUUCUUGUGUUAUUGCUAGAAUUUUUUGACUGUUACAGUUUUCCUUGUGAAGUUGUGCUUGAGUCCAUUUGCCCUAUAUUGCUGAUAAGUCAGCCUCAUAGUUUAAAAAAUGUGCUGCAUGUGAGCUCAUUUUGCCCCUGCCAGACACCUUUGACAUGUGAGUUUAUUGUUUGAGUGCGGGCAGCCUCGACGUUGAGUGACAGAGCUCUGGGCAGUAGGAGGACCAAGCUUAUUUUAAAAGGCCUUCUGCCAUCUUAGCUUUUCCUGUCAAGGAGCACAAUAGAAAGUCCAAGGAGAGAGAAAAGGUGAAAAAGGAAUACUCUUCAAAAUCCCCUCAUGGAUCCAAGCCCAAAGACAAGGAGGAAAUCAGACACUCUUAUUCUACUACCGAAGACCAGCCAGACCUGAAGGUUCACUGAUCUUCAGCUCCUCCAGCUCCUGCUCUGUCUGGAACUUGGGCACUGUCCCAUCACUGACACCAAUCACCAGUUUUUACAGUUCUGGACUCAAAAUCUUUCAACUCCCCCACCCUUAAUAUCCAUAGUCCCUUUUUCUCUAAAGAUACUUCUGCUUCUUCAGCCAAGGUCCAUUUCCCUUUCUGCCCUACUACUGUGGCCAAAUUUUCUCCAGAAUUGUCCCUCUUUUCCAUUCGGAUCUGAAGUUCCCCUUUCUGUAUCGAAAGUUCGGAUUAGUGGCUAAGAGGCAUUUGAACCAUCAUAUGUGGCUUCUUCUAGGUACACCAGGUCAGAUGGGAGCCUUAAAUCGUCUGAUUUGGAGCAGUUGAUGCAUUCCCUCCUUCAGAACCAGAUGGAUCUAGGGAUCUUUCCUGCCUCCUCAACCUCAAGGACCUAGUCUGUGGCACCUUUGAUUUGGAGUUUAUUCCUCCAGCCUCUUAACUUUUGGAGUUAUUUGGUCUAGCUGUUCUGCUGCCUUCCCCUUUGCUGAUGGCUUGGCUGCCUCAAACAUUGGCAACAUCCUUUAUGUUCUCAACUCUGGCCAUGUUGGAGCCAGGUACAUCCCAAAGUCAAGUGGUUGGGGCUAACCUUCCAUGUUUUGGAGUCAGCUCUGCCACUGGUGCUUCAGCCUUAGAUAUCUUGGUUCCAAUCUCCAAAUCCGAGUCUACCAGGUUGGCACCAGAUACCAGGUUCUCGCUAAGAUCUUUGGAUCUGAGAGUUGCUGGUUCCAGGUAUCUGGCCUCAGUUUCAUGUUUUGGUUUUUCAGAGAGAAUCCUAUCUUGUUUAGAAACAGGGGCCAUGGCAGCAGUUUUCAUUCCAUCCGGAUCAUUUCAUUCUUCUGCAUCCUUACCUAUGCGCUGCUCUGGGAAAAUAUACAUCUGUAGGCCUCGACAUCACCUUGCAUUCAAGGACCCCCACCUCUUCUGUGUCUCCUUCUGAUUCUCUACCCAGGAAGAUUCAUGUGAAGACCAUGUGUAAGGGGUCUAUGUUUAUUGAUGUAAUGGUACAUUUGUCACAUAGCUUUUCAUCCACAACAUACCAUUGAUAAUACAUUUCAACAAAAAUUAUCUUAUUGAACUGUCAUAGUUGGCCCACACACACAAAACACCACCAGGUACGUAUUGGAGGGCCAUUCACAGAACCCUGUUCAUGUGAGGGGUUGCACCUCCACCCACCCUGCUAAUUAUAUAUACCAACUCUGACAUCGCACUACAGUUGGGAAAGGGCAAAUGUCAUAAUUUGCACCAGCAAAAAGUGGCAAAAAUGUAACUCAACCAAAAUUGAAACGUAAAAUAUGACACUCCACAAGGUUUAAAAGUUAAAAUAUUUAUUCACCAACACAAGUUAUAAGUGGUUUUGUCCCUUCAAAGAGACUUCAUCAGAUAAAAUACCAUACCACUUACAUUCUUUAUAUACAUACUUUCCCAAUUUAAAGUAAUUGUAAUCAAUUAAUUAGGUAAAUUAUUCCACCAUACUUCAACAAGGAGGGUGUCUGAGCUUCAGGCUCUAUCCUGUCUUCCACUAUAUUUGCUUUUCCACAAGGACAGUUACCUUAAGAAUGAAAGCUUCUUUUUUACCCAGGGUAGCCAGUGAGUCCAGUCUAAAUCAACCUGUAUAUUUACCAGUUUUCCUCCCAAAUUUCAGUAACAAGGGAGAGUAUUUGCUUCAUUGCCUGGAUGUCCACUGCCAACUGAGAUUGUAUUUAGACAAAACAAAAUAUAUCAGAAAUUCUAACCAUCUCUUUGUUUCUUUAUCCAAGACUUAACUUGGCAAGCCUAUUUUCAAAGUGACCCUAUCCAGAUUGCUGUCCAAUUGUAUCUCCCUGUUAAACCCAAGGCUUAUUCCACCAGAAUGUUAGCUGCUUUAGUUGCCUUUAUCACUUUGGCGUAAGUUGAUGAUGUUUGUGUGGCAGCAACCUGGUCUACUACUCAUACUUUUGUAUCCCAUUACAAACUAAACAUUCAGUCUAGUUUUAGAUCAUACUUUGGUUCCACAGUUUUGUGGAGUGUUUUCUCCUAGGACCACCCUAGGGUUAUUACUGGCUGGGGACUGUGUUCCAUAGGCUGAGAUGGACUGAAAAGAACAUUGGAUACAAAUGUUAUGUAUUUGUCAUAAUGAUACAGCCAUGUUGUCGUCUGUGCUUUUCAACCAUCCCUUCCUCUGUACACCCUCCAAAUUGUCUCCAUUCUUUGUGGCUCCUGGCUGUCUGUGCGGACCACCCUCAAAGUUCUAUGUAAGAGGGUUGUCCGUAUGUCCUCCUUUUAUGUGGAUAAAAUUGUUUCUCCCCUUUAUUUGUUCCAGGGGCAGUGAUGGAGCAAACUUGAUCUGAGGAGAAUCAGUUAGAGUAGGAAGUUAUGAGCAGAGGUGGAGCUCUAGGAUUGCAUAUUCUGAAUGUACUGGCAUUGGAUCUGAUAACCCACAGGUUGAAAGGGCUGGAAGAAAACAACACAGAUCUAUCAUUAUGUUAAGUACCUAACUUCUGUUUAAUUAGUAUUAUCUUGCUGUCUUGGAGUUGCUUUCACUGCCAUAUAUACUUUCCUUCUGAGUCUCAGAAUUAAGUUAACUUUUGUGCUCAUACUGGCUAUCAGUACAGGAAACAAAAUGUUUUGAAAUUUGCAUGCACUGUCACUGCAUUAAAUUUAAGACUGCACUGUUUGAAAUAAUUUCAAAUGCAUCCUUGGUAAGAAGCAGACAGCGAUUGUAAGGCAGUUUGAUCUCACUGCUCUGAUCAUUCUUUCUCAUUUGGUACGUCUGUUUAGAAAUGUAAUGGUUUUCUUUCCAUUUUAAUGUUUUUUAUACAUUUUUUAUUGUUAUUUAAAUUGUAUAUGUUGCUAACUUAAGUAAAAUGCAUUUUUUCUUUAAAGUAAGUUUCAGAACCAGGCCUUGUUCUAUUGAUGCAGACUGAUUCAUUUAGGAAUCAAUAUAUGACGAUCUUUUUUAGAUUUUAUAGUUUUUCAAUUUUGUCUCAGCAUUUUUAACACUGUUCCAAAUGAGAGCUGAAAAACAAAAUCAUAAUUAAACACACUUCGAAUUGCUGUUUAA